AUGUUAACUCCGAGUGUUCUGAAUGGUGCUGCAACUGGCCACAUGAUGCGCCCUGCGGCGAGUGUAUUUUUACGGAACUCUAGCUGGUUCUCCAAGAUCCUUUACCCCUUCUCGCGGCCCGACCAGUCGAUCCCCGAUUCGUACAAACCCUCGAGCCAAAAUGGCAAUCAGUGCUUUCUGCCUGUGCGAAGCGACAAUGAGCUGGACGAGACGCUGCUGGCAAACAACCGCACACCGCUGAUCCUGAAUUUCACGGUACGCGGCGACGAGACAUGCAACAAGCUCACAGGCGCGCUCAACCGCAUCGUGCUGCUGGAGACAGACAAGCGCGUGAACAUCGCAGACGUGGAAACCGACUUCAUGGACACGCGCAAUUCGAUGCUGCGGUUCGGCGUCAAGCAGAUCCCGACUCUGGUCGCCGUGCGCAAAACCUUCCCCACGGACUCCUAUUGCGUACCGGAUCUCGCACGCUCCCAGGUGGAUUGGGCGGCACUGAAGCGCUGGAUCGAGAAGAACGCAGACUAA